AUGGUCUGCCUCUGUACACGCUUGAGGAAAAGAGACUACGACUCAUUGACAAACGAUGAGAUAUGCCUUCUGGAUGAGGCGGCCUGCUUCACAGAGCACAGGCGGCUCCAGCUGCGACAGAGUCGACAACCCGUCAGAGCAAGGCGGGUUAAAGUUAUGGCCAACCAGACUUCCUCUGCAAAAAGACCUAGAACAUCUUCUAUCAUUGUACCGGCAGUCGUUUCGGUACCUCGAGGCGCGACCAAGACAGGUAAAACAGUCACGCGUCCAGGGCAAACCAUUGUGCGUCACCCGUUAGGAGACUUUGGCAUAGAUCAAUCAUCUCGUACCGAGGAAGAGAUCAGUCAGCAGGAUACAUCGCUCGUAAUCCCAAAAACAUCUAUAUGUUCGACAGAAGACAUGAACGGGUCACAAGAGUCAGAGAGAUCUAUGCAUAGCGGGCUGCCGCAGAAGACGGUGCAAUACAUCUCGAGCAUGGUGGUGACUAUCUUGUCACACCAGAGGUCGUGGAUCGAAUCUACCUGUAUCUUCACCGCUCUCCUUGGCUCGAAGCCAAGUGGCUGGACAAUCGCAAGUCACUCCUCUGAAGCAGUUGAAUCCACACUUGCGAACACUUUUGUGCAAGUGCAGGUAAAAAUACUUCAACAUCAGAUCUUCAACAAACUUCUAGCCUAUGCUGCCAACAGCCUGUGGGCCGGGAAGCAUCUCGGGAAUAGCAGCGAGAACCUGACGAAGUUGAGGAGACAUGGAAGUGGAGCAGCAGAAUUUGUUCGUGCUGCAGGGAAUGCUACAAGUAUACUGUUACUGGUGCCUCCAUCAUGGUUGCGUAAAUCUACGAACGAGAUUCGCACAAGAGUUUCGAAGAUGAAGCAGUCAGCCGCCGUCUUUCCCUAUCUAGAGCAGUUUGAAACACUCGCACAAACACUACUAGGCAGGCUGAAAAGAGAAAUUGAGACCAUGCAUUCAGAAAGCUCUCAUCUACUUAUUCGAGGACCACCAGUAUCAACACAACCAUCCCCUGACACUCGAGAGUCUUAUCCGUUCCAAAGACCACAUGGAACCACAGCCCCUUCUCCGAACGACGUGUCUGUGUCUGGAUCGGAUUCGAUGUCUCAGGUACAGCCAUCCCAGGCAGCAGGCGACGGGAGCGUGGACCUUAUAGGAUUUAGUGACCUACACCGUACAGCAUUGAGUCCAACGGCGCAGACCCAACCAGUAUUCUCGGUAUUGCAUCAACACCCUAGUACCUCUCUUGACAGGGAUGGCAUGAUGGCCGCUUCGCUCGACCCGACACUAGUGGGAUCACCAUGUUACGUCGACGACGACGGCAACCACAUAAAUCCUUUCAUGCUUGUCUAG